CCUACUUCGUGCGUAUCCGUACAUAAGAGUCAAGCUCGAACGCGAAACAUCCACACUCAGUACCUACCUAAAAGGCGAUACACAAGCCCAAAGGCCACCCGCCCUUUCAACAUUCUUUCCAAUGCUGUCACCGUCAUGACAUCGCAACUCGCUACGAGCAUCGCCGCCAUGCGUAUUUGUAUUCCUGCGAGACCGAAGCCAUGUUCCCUCUUCGCCUCUUGCCGGACCGGUCCGACAGCAGCACCGCACAGCGUGCUACCGUUCCGGCUCUUCCAGUCUUCAAGCUCCUCCAGCUCUGCAAUGGCUGAGCCUCAACCGGAAGAUGAAGGUGCAGCUCCCACUCGAGUACGGCAGGGCGUAUCUGCGAAUGCCACGGAGGCUGCUGCUGCAAGGGCCCCAUCACGGACUACAAUACCUUCGACCACCGAACCGACCGCCUCGUCACGUUGCCAUCUCGCCCAAGCCCAGUCGACGACUCUACCACAAGCACGACAAGGUGAAAGGGAUCGGCUACCCCAGCGGUACUUCGACCCCUCCAACCUUUCAAAUGAAUCACUAGAUGAGAACGCGACCCCUGGAUCGCGGGGCAAGCCGCCAGAUGACAACAGGGCUAAUUUAGGUCGAACCCUUCGCAUCCUCCAAGACCGACUCCCGACUCUCCUACAAACCCCAUUACAACAAGACAUCCUCGCCCCGAACAUCUCCCUCCACCUCUUCCCUUCCACCCACCCGCACCUCCCCACCGUCUCGGGCCGCGUAGCCUACACCGCCGCCCUCUGGACGUCCCCCAUAGCCUGGAACCGCGUCCCCGUCAUCGGCAACGUAAAACUCGCCAUUCUCUCCGCUCGCAUGACGCGGGAACCCGUCCCCGGCGCUCCCCUACGCCAGGGGAGCGUCCCCGACCAGCUCGUCGUCCGGUGGUGCACCUGCGGCGGCCCGGGGCACGGGUCACACGACCACCUCGCUCCAGCUGCGUCGGACCCCACUACUAGCAGCACCAGCAACGAUACCAACAUCAACAGCAGCAGCAACAAUGGUAAUACGAAUAAGAACGGCGGGAAGAGGAGUAACGAGAAGCAUUUUUCCGGCCUCUUCAUCUUCCAGUUCGACCGCGAGGGGCGUAUCCUCAGCCACACCAUCGAAACCGUCGAGGGCGGCGGCGACUGGGAGAAGGGCAUGGGCGCCAAGUUCGUCGGCUUGACGGACUGGCUCCUGGGCGGGUUGGGCAGAGCGGAGCCGUCGCCUGCCUUCCGCCGCUUGCCUGAUCGUUUCACCGGGCCCCGGCCCUCUGAAGGGAGAUAGGAAAAGAACGGGAAGUGUGGAGGGAGUAGGAGAGAAGGUCCAAGUCAAUCAAAGUCGAGAGUGAUAAAGGCUCGGUUGGAGAUCCGGUAGGAUGGGAUUUGUGACACUACAGUAACGCCCCCUUUAUUCUUUUUUUUAUUCUUUUUUUUUUUUUUGGCUUCGGCUCAGGAACUGGACGGAUAUGUCAAGUCUGCGUCUGUAACAUAGUGGUUCUUCAUCGUGGGUGGUGUUCUUCUCUGCACAGAGCGCCGAUAGAAUUGCGCGGGGCAGCAGUAUGGACGAAGUCGCUCUUAUUCAUCUCUUUCGGCGUUUCUUAUUUUAUUCUACACCGAGGCGUCGGGAACGUAGAUUUCGAGUAGCGGUAGCGCACCCAACUCUGCUCUUGAUGAAUAUUGUCUAGAUAGUCAAGUCUCUCACCUUUAGGGAAAGCGUCGG